ACUCACUACGUCAUCAGAGCGCGACGACACACCACCACACGCAGGGAGCGUCCGCGACCUUUCGUGCAGCAAACAGCGUGAGAUUCGUGUUAAAAUGAGCUUUCUAAAGAACAUGAGAGGACUUUAAGAGUGUGUGAGGACCGGGAACACCACAGAGGAGAAAUGUUUCGUUGUACUUUAGUGAUUUGUGGCAGAGGAGUCUCUAAAAGGUUUGCCUCGUCGUUCACCGGAGAGAGUGUGCUGCCGCCAAACCUGCUGCUGCCCACAAACCUCGUAGAUCCUGGCAGAUUGAAGCGUCCUCCUCCUCCUGCAGACUGCUCCCUGCCUCUCCUGAGGACCUGCGAUGCCGUCGUCCCGGCUCACCUGAGUCCGGUCCAGACGUGGGUGGAGACUUUGGAGAGUCCGGACAGUGAGCCCCUGGGUUUGGCUCAGCUCCACCCGGACGUGUUCUCUGUGCGCCCGAGGCUCGACAUUCUCCAUCAAGUUGAAACGUGGCAGAAAAAUUAUAAAAGAAUUAGCCACGCACACACAAAGGUGAGGUCAGAGGUCAGAGGUGGAGGCAGGAAACCAUGGCGGCAGAAAGGAAGUGGCCGAGCUCGCCACGGAAGCAUCCGCUCGCCGUUAUGGAAAGGAGGUGGGGUGGCUCAUGGACCCAGAGGACCGACCAGUUAUUACUACAUGUUACCGCUGAAGGUCCGAGUGCAGGGACUCAAAGUGGCUCUGAGCUCCAAGAUGACUCAGGACUACCUUCACAUCGUGGACUCUUUGGACAUCCCCACCCCGGACCCUCAGUACUUGCUGGACCUGAUCAGACAGAGACACUGGGGGGAGUCGGUGCUAAUAGUCGACAUAGGUGAAGAGUUUCCAGAGAACAUCCUUCAGGCGACGGAGAGUCUGAAGACGGUGAACAUUAUUCCAGCCAUCGGUCUGAACGUCCACAGCAUGCUGAAACACGAAACCCUCGUCCUCACGCUGAAAACCAUCAAGUUCCUGGAGGAGAAGCUUCUGUGGCACGACCAGCGUUACACGGCCCUGUACCCGUUCAAACUACCGUACUCUGACUUCCCGUGAAACCACCUGUAAUAUAUCCAGCCACACAAACGUUUCAAAUGUUUUCAUGUCUUUAUUAUGUUCAACAAGAGAAUAAAUAUCACAAUGGUAAAAAAA